CCGCGGCCCCGCCCACCCCCCCGGGCAGGGUUUCCAGCCGGAGCGUUUCUGCGGCGCGCGGGGCAGGGGCCGCCAUGUCGCGACUGCACCAGAGCCGGAUCGCGGACUUCCAGGAGGUGCUCGGCGAACCCACGGUGGCUCUGGCCAAGCUCCGUGAGCUCUGCUUCAGCGGAAUCCCCUUCGACGGAGGUUUGCGCUGCCUGUGCUGGAAGAUACUUCUGAACUACCUCCCGUUAGAGAAGGCCUUAUGGAGCUCUUUGCUGAAGAAACAGAGGGAUCUGUAUUCCCAGUUCCUAAAGGAAAUGAUUAUCCAGCCUGGGAUCGCCAAAGCCAACCUGGGUGUUUCAAGGGAAGAUGUGACAUUAGAAGAUCACCCUCUCAAUCCAAACCCAGACAGUCGAUGGAACACUUACUUCAAGGAUAAUGAAGUGCUUCUCCAGAUAGACAAAGAUGUCAGGAGGCUGUACCCCGACAUGGCAUUCUUCCAGCGCCCAACGGACUACCCUUGCCUUUUAAUCCUGGACCCCCAAAAUGAGUUUGAGACGCUGCGCAAGCGGGUGGAACAAACCACACUCAAGUCGCAGACAGUGGCGCGGAACCGCAGCGGGGUUACCAAUGUGAGCUCCCCUCUUAAAAGCACACCUCAUUCUCUGAGUGAGUAUGAAGUUCUGCCCAACGGCUGCGAAGCUCACUGGGAAGUGGUGGAGCGAAUCCUGUUCAUCUAUGCCAAGCUGAACCCUGGGAUAGCGUACGUUCAGGGCAUGAAUGAAAUCGUGGGGCCUCUUUACUACACCUUUGCUACAGAUCCUAACAGUGAGUGGAAAGAACAUGCUGAAGCUGACACGUUUUUCUGCUUUACCAAUCUGAUGGCUGAAAUUCGGGACAACUUCAUUAAGAGCCUGGAUGAUUCUCAGUGUGGUAUUACCUACAAAAUGGAGAAGGUGUAUUCCACCCUGAAGGAGAAAGAUGUGGAGCUGUAUUUGAAACUGCAAGAACAGAACAUCAAGCCCCAGUUCUUUGCCUUUCGCUGGCUGACACUGCUCUUGUCCCAAGAGUUCCUGCUGCCAGACGUCAUCCGGAUCUGGGACUCCCUCUUUGCUGAUGACAAGCGCUUUGAUUUUCUUCUGCUCGUCUGUUGUGCCAUGUUGACACUAAUCCGGGAUCAGUUGCUGGAAGGAGACUUCACUCUGAACAUGAGGCUGCUACAGGAUUAUCCCAUCUCUGAUGUUCACCUGAUUUUGAAGAAGGCAAAGGAACUUCAAGAUUCGAAAUAGUCCACGAGCCCAACAAAAGGUGUCAGAGAAACUGUGUGGCAGCAGAUCCCGGGAGAUGCCCCUGUACAGUGUGGUGCAUUGAAGCUCCUCAUGGUCUCUGCAGGACAUCAGGUUUUGUGUUUGGGCUACGGGCCACCUUGAAGAUUUCCUUCUACUCUGUUUAUUAGGUCAAGGACUGAUUACUUCCCCAUCUACUUGGGACCUGCACUCCAGAUUUUUUUCAAAUCUCAAAUGCCUCUGUGCUGCCAAAAGCAGUUCUUUGUAUCUUACUUUUAAUGACUUCAAAAUUGGGGAGAAGGAAACCAUCUGUCUGCAUUUCCCCCGAGAGAUGGACUCCUGUAUCAUGGAAGUAACACAUGGAGUAACUUCUGAUGGGUGAGGGACAGGCUGAGUCCAGUGGAUUUUAGUGUGUGAGUAUAGAAGGAUCUUCCUCCUGCGAACAGAAUGUGUUCCGAUGAAGUCACACAUCCUGCUGUUCAAGUAGCUUCUGGAUUCUUCUCCCUCGUGUCCACACUUGGCCAUCCCUGGGAUGUGCAAAAAUUAAGAUUGCAUCGGCUUCUGGUGAUUGUCAUCUGACAGCUGCGGUUUGGACCCAUUGCCUCAGAAGGAGACCUGGAGAAGCUGAGGUGGGAGGACACGAUGACAGCUGGUGGCUUCAUGCAUUGAAACUGCCUGAAUCCAGAAUCGCCUUAUCAACAAGGUCACCUUGAAAGCAAGACUGUGGUGGUUUUAAUCAAUGGGUGAAGUAUUGUUUGAAGUCAAGCCUUAUAUACGCACAGCCUUAGAGCAGGAGCUUGUUGCUGCACAGAAGCCUCAAGCUGCUUUCCUGGCUCUGAACUGGAGCAUAUCCAGCUACAAUCAGGAUUCUGAAAUACAAGAAAUGGACAUCUAGCUGCAUGCAAUGAAGACAGCCGUAUUUAGGGGCUUAUACAGGCACGGCACUGGGGUUUUCUGCCUCAGUGGCUUGCAUAAUACUGCCCUGCGCAAGCUCUGGUCACAGUGACCUUGAUAUUGUCUCAUGGUACUUCUUGCCGGGAAGAGACAUGGUACAGGUCUGACCUACCAGAGACCUUUUCUGGUGCAAUCCAGUGGUCACACAAGCAUUUCUGUCACUAGCUGACUGCGGGGGCUGAUCCGCUUCUCUGCCUACUGGUCUUGUUGGAGUCACCGUCCUGCGUUGGACACUUGUCCCUCCUGAGAGGGAAACUGCUGCAUUUCAAAUCCAGUGGAGGGGGCUCAGGUGAACAUCAACCAAGACACUAUGGAGAGAACUGCUCACUUGCUGGCAGCGUCAAGCUGAGCAGAAACCGUAAUCCUCUGAGGGAGAAACUGCCGGCACCCGGGUGCUUGGGUGCUGCGGAAGCUCUUGAGCGAACACUAAUCCAGCGUGCUUUUCCCUUUUGUGCUGUGCUGCCUCACCUCUGCAUAGCUGUUGGACACUACAGUUUUGGUAUUUAUGGGUAUUGAUUUGUUAAAGGUCAGUCGUCUUUGUAAGAGCUGCUUAAGCUGCUGAUGGCCUAGAAUUGCCCUAGCAGGGGGGAUGUUGUUGGCAUUCAGCCUUUUUACUAGUGUUAUUUCCUUUGCUGAAGGCCAGUUCUUCACAGGCUACUGUAACUCUCACAGGGGGGAGUGGGGAGAUGGGAGGACGGGUUGAUGCAAGCACCUCUGUUCCUAUUGGCAAUCCCGAGCAACCUCUGCCUCUUCAGAAGAUGCUCAAGUGACACUAGUGCAGCCAGGUGUUGCUGCUGUGGUGGAGCAAGAGCAACUGAGAACUUAAACCAAUCUAUGAUUAAUACCUGUGGCUAACAGUGUCCCUCUCUGCUGCAGCCCUUUCUAGAGGGUAGAGGUUUCCUCCAAGAAAUAUGGAACUGGUAGACUGAGGCAGCUGUGUGAUGAAGCAUCCUGUGGAUGGAUUUUCUUCCUGCCUUCUGGUGCUGAGCUAUUCCAGGUGGUCUCAUGGUCUCAGCGUUUGAGUACCCUGGACUAGCGAGGCCAGUUAAACCUUGUGUGGCCAAAGAGCUGCUUGGUAGGCACAAGUGUAGAACUGGUGGGUCAGACUCUUAGGCACAAUUGGAUCUCUUCCAAACACUUCUGCUCUAAAUACUGCUGUAGCUCUCUCACAUUCCAUGGACGAGCUCUGCUUGCUCUUCCCACCCUGAAUACCUGAGCUGUCCAUUUUGAGUCCUUGUCACAAGUGCAGGGUUCACUUAUGCUGUAUUUGCUCACUGGUAGCAGGAGCAUCCAGGAGAGUUCCUGGUCUGAAUAGCCAGAAGUCUCCCUAAAAUAACCUGAGAAGGCAGCAAGCAAAUCGGGGUUGGAGCAUUGCCUGUGAUUGAUCUUCUUGUUCUCAAAGCAUUGUUUGGGCCCUGAAAUCGACCUUCUGCAGUGACAUUGCGCAGCUUGGGGUCAGGUUUUGGUCUGUAGGAACAAAAACACCUGAGGAAGAUACAGGGCAGGCGGCUGCUCUGGCAGCACAGGCGGGUGUGUGGGUGUCACGCUGUCUUCUCCCUUCUGAGGUGCUGAAAGGUUUACAUUAUGCUGUCUUACUUCUCUUUAUGGGGUGAGGUAAAUGCUUUACAAAAGGGUUUGCAGUGGUUAAUGGGAUGUGAUGAGAGCUUUGGCUGAUGGAAGGUUCUCCGUGGUAAAUUCUGUAGCCUUAUCCAGACUACAGCUGCUAAACUGAUUGAGUUCUUUGGGGAGAACUUGCAGCAAGUUUGGUACACCCAGACAGGCUGGUUCCUACAUGAAACACUGUUUUAUGUCCUUCCUUAUCCCCUCCCGUGUGGUAGGACUUCUGCUGUUGGAAAAGGCUGUUGAAAGUUGUACUUUUCAAUGAGUUGAGCCAUCCACUUCUUUAUUCCAAAGCUUUCUUUAAGAGCAAACCCACAUUUUCUGAGGGGAGAAAAGAAAGUCUUAACUUGUAACCAACUCUUGAAUCUCCUCUUGAGUUUCCUUGGCUUCAUUCCUCAAAGGCUUUUGGUGAUGUUGUUGUUUAGGUCAGACAGUAUUUAACUAGUAGUUCCUUGUGUGUGUGGCUAAGUAACAACUGCUCCACCCUUGAUGUUUCCACCUCUGAUUUCUUCAAUCCCAAUGUGCUGCAGGAGCAGCGAGGUUGGCUGGAGCGGCACUUCUGUGGGCUGGGGGUGUUAGUCUGGAGUGACUUGGGGACUCCUUGGUUCAUAGGGGCCUGAACAGAGGAUGGUUAAAUCGCCCUUACAACACAUUCCUCACAGACAGGACUACUGCCAGGCAGGGGAAAGGGGACCUGUGAUCAACUGGGAGGAAAACCAGGACACUGUGCUGGGUGUGGGGAGAGAUGAGCCUUCCCUGGUGGGGAGAGGUCUGUUCUACCUGCCCCUCACUCUGAUUCAGGCUUUGGGAAACUUUGUGGCUUUGCCAGUGAGAUAGGAGUAACAGGAUCCUAGAGAUCCAGUCGUUGCUGGUGGUCGCUCAGAACACUGAUUUUGAGUUUGAAUUUUGUGACCUAGAGUUAUUUAUGCUUUGGCAGUGAGAAGUUGCUUUGGAGGAGCCGGGGUGUUUGGGAAAGCAGAGGCUGUUUUCCCUCAGUGAGUAUCGGUGACUUCAUCCAUUCGGAGCACUUUUCCAAAAUGCCCUUUGCCCGACAGAGAGGAACAAAUAACACUUUCUUUUUUUUUUUACCUUGACUGGAAAAAAUUGCCAGAACCGGGUGUAGAGAACACUUUAUCACUCUAAAACUCCUUUUAUGCCUCUUUUUAAACACUAUUUUUAUAAUGCUUCCUUUAACUAAAUUGGGUGGCUUUGUGCAAACAUCUGUUGCUGUGACUCGGUGCAUUGAGCUUGGAGUUAUUGCUGCUAUGGUUGAUGACUACAGGAUUUCCAAGUGCCGGCUGGGACAGUGGCUGGGGGAGCCCAGCACCAGCAGCGGGCCGGGGCUUUGUGUACAUUAAAUCAUCUGGCCUGUAGAUUAAAUCGCCAGGGCUGUAUAUUAAAUCAUCAGGGCUCCCUCCAUCAGCAUCUUUCCAGCAUGUUGGUUUUGCUUUGCCUCCCCCAAACCAUUGCUUUGCCUUCCCACCUCGGAGCGGUGGCUUUUCUAGAGGGCGACACUGCAGGGUGACGCUGCGGCUGUGCUCGGGGUGGGACAGCGGCACCGGCGGGGCUGUGGCCGGGCCGGGAUGUCGCCGUCGCGUCCGGCCGGGGGGAGCCGUGGGCCCUCUCUUCGCCUCUCUGACUGCUCGUUAUUUUUGUACUUUCUCCGGGACUCGUUUCACGCUGUUCUCUAAUAUCUCCCAAUAAACUGGGUUCUUUGCA